AAUUUUACACUUUAUACGCGAUUGCUUGUUUCUGUGAACGGAGUUUAAGCAAAACGUUCCUUUUCGAAUUUCUUUACAAAAUUUUUAUUUUAUUAUAGAGAAAACUUUCUCUUUUAGCGACGUUCUACAAACUUCUGUUUCUCUGUUGCUUAAAAGUUUACAAAAUAAAAAAUUAAAAAGUAAACUUAAAAAAUAUCAAAAUAAAAAAAAUAUUUUGAAUAUUACUUUCUCGAACGAUAUGAGAUAAGUAACCAUAACAGGAAAACAUGAUCUCACAGUUAUCAGCUUAAAUUCACAUAUAUUUAUAAAAUAAUUUACCGCUUUUGUUAAAAGCUGAAAAAAAAUCGAUAGAAAAAAAGAAGCAACAUUUUAGUGUCGAAGCAGAAAAUUAAUUGAAAGUCUGUAAUUUCUGUAUAAUAACAUCAAAACAUUUGGUAGGUGCAUGUGUUUUCGCAAUUCAUUUAUAUUCAUUAAGAGAAAUGUCGGAGAGCGAUCGACAUAUUUGCUUACAGGUUAAGAAUAAAGGAAAGAGCAUCGUAAAGAGUCUAUAAACGGUAUAUGGAAGUAUAAGAAGGAAAAGAGUGUGUAAAUUAAAACUAAGCUAAGCGAAGAAGAAGCAAUCAGCGAAAUGUCUCAAAGGCAAAAAUUUGAGUAUAUUAUAUUGCAACUAAAAUAUGAGUACAUAUGCGCCAAAAACAAAUUAGCCACCUGCAUACGCAACUGCCAAACUCCGUCCGAGCACAUUCCUGAUAAAAAAGACUGGGCUCUCAGUGUUCUGAAACGCGACAAGGAUCGUCAUUUAUGUAAUGCUUUGGUUAACUACACUAUAUGGAUCAUUCCAGUGAACAACGUCGCCCUGCUAACCACAUAUGGCUACAGUUUUGACAAGGUUUUGCUAAUAUUUGGGUAUAACAAAAUAUAUUGGACUUAUUACGAUGAUCAUCACAUCGUUCAAGGUUCGUCUAAUAUAGCAGUAACUUGCUGUGGUUGUUGCCUUAAUCGACACUAUCCAAAAAUAAUAAAGAAGGUUCAAACUUGUUUGAAAGAAAGUAAAUUCAUUUUCACAGACUUAAUAUAUAUUAACGGAACGUUGCAAGUGCCGGAUUUACGGAGCUCACCGGAAUUGGAGGAAAUGUAGGAUUAGCCUUCUGAAUUCAAAAAAAAAGAAAACAAAAGAAAAAUAUAUAUACAUAUAUAAACAUUUGUAACAGAGUUAAAUCAGAACUAUGCCAAACAAACCUCGACAAAUUUAUUUUGUA